CUAUUCUCAUCUGAAAUUUCCAAACUUUCAACUAGUAAUCAAAACGAUGUGCGUAUUAAUGUCGCCGUGCGACCGCGACUUAACGACUACGUUGUCCGUGUUCAUCGGUCGGCACUGAGAAAUUCAUCGUGCGUACAGAGAGUCUACAUAUAGAGAGGAACGAAACGAAACCCUAGUACGAACCGAGAUUCGCGAUGGCGGACAAGAAGGAGACGAGAAGUGUUGCCAGCAGCAGCAACAGCGGCGUCGCCGCCGGUUCCGGGAACAAUAGAGGCGAGAGCGUCGUUAUGGAUUGCGGCCGCCGCAAAAGCUCGUGUGGCUACUGUAAAUCUGGUAGUCGGACCAGUAUAUCACACGGACUAUGGGCAAACAGUCUGACUGUGGAUGACUAUCAAGCUCUUCUAGAUAGAGGGUGGAGAAGAUCGGGAUGUUUUUUAUACAAGCCCGAGAUGGAAAGCACAUGCUGUCCAUCUUAUACCAUCCGCCUCAAAGCUGGUGGUUUCGUUCCAUCCAAAGAACAACGCCGAGUAUUGAAACGGAUGGAGAGGUUUCUGGAAGGCUUGUCAAAUAAACAACCAGAGGAGUUGAUGGAUGCCCAGACUACAUCCAAGACUUUAGGCAGCAGCUCCUGCAAAGAAAGUUCAAUCGCUGGAUCGAAGGAGUCUUUGCCUACUUACCAUGAAGAAAACAACCAUUCUGAACAGUUUAUACGUUAUUUGUCAGAACAGAUUGAUAAUGCCGUUCAAACAUGUGCUGAGCGCGGUGAGAUUUCCUCUGAUGUUCAGUUACCAAAAGCUUCCAUUAAGGAAGUUGCACCAGCUAAAAGAAAGUUACUAGUUGAAGGAGCAGAAGAUCUCUUAUUUACCAGCAACAUCUCAUUCCAGAUUGUUGCAGUUUUAAGGCGAUCCAAAAAGGACCACAGAGACUCAUCAAAGGAUGGUGUGCCAGCAAAUGUGCAGUCUGCUCAACUUACUCCAAAUGAUGUUGCACAAAAACUGGCUAACUGUUUAAAUCAGGUGGCUGUAUCAUCUGGUUUUGCAAUUAAAGCUUGCAAUGGCCACAUUAAUUUCUAUUCUUCUGGCAAACAGCUGAAUCCUGGUAAUGUCCCAGGAAGAGACAAAGCCCUUCUUGUACAAAGUUGUACUAAAAAAAGAGGCUCUACGAUGAGCUCAGGACACAUUGAGGUCAAAAGACGCAAACUUGAGAUCCGUCUUAAGAGGUCCAGUUUUGAUCCUGAAGAAUAUUCCUUAUAUAGUAGAUACCAAAUUAGAGUGCACAAUGAUGCACCGGAUGAAGUCUCAGAGAGUUCUUACAAGAGAUUUUUGGUUGAUACUCCCUUAGUAUACGUUCCACCGACAGCAGGCAACGGUGUUCCUCCAUGUGGCUUCGGUUCCUUUCAUCAGCAAUAUUUGAUUGAUGGGAAGCUUGUUGCAGUUGGUGUGGUAGAUAUACUGCCUAAGUGUUUGUCUAGUAAAUAUUUAUUUUGGGAUCCAGAUCUUGCCUUCUUAUCUCUGGGAAAGUACUCGGCCCUGCAAGAAAUUAGGUGGGUUAGAGAGAAUGAAUUGCACUGUCCAAGUCUCCAGUACUAUUAUAUGGGCUAUUACAUCCAUUCCUGCAACAAAAUGACAUAUAAAGCAGCUUACAGCCCAUCCGAGCUUCUCUGCCCUCUUCGUUAUACGUGGGUUCCAUUUGAGAUUGCGAAACCAUUGCUUGAUAGAAAACCUUACGUGGCUCUCUCUGAUUUUACCACCCAAAAUGGUGGCUCAUUGCCAUCCAGUGUGCAUGAUAGUUAUGUUGAGGAACAACCUGAUGAUCACGCUCCAGGGGGUUCAAAUGAUAUCUUUGUACAUGCGGAUGAGGACAUGACUGAAUAUGAUUCCGAAGAUUCUGAUGAUGAAGAGGACACAGUACCAAGUGGCAACGUGUCAGAUGAUCUGGAAGAUGGAGACGUUGGGGAUGUUCUGAUUGGGUUGACCGGAGUUCGUUUGAGGUUCAAGGAUGUGCAACACGCUUUCGGUCCCAGAGAAAGGCAGCACAUGACAACACAAUUGCAAAGAUACAUGAGAGCUGUGGGAAGAGAACUCUCUGGGCACAUGGUUUAUUCAUUGGGCUGAUAACAGUCUUGUCAUCUACAAGUUGAGUUUUCACCAUUUUAUUUUUACAUCAUUGCAAUUUAGCUUAUACUGGUGUAACCCCAUACUUCAAUUUCAUAAAUUUAUGGUCUUCUCCAACAUUUGAGCUCUAAAUGUUUCCAUUUUCAAGUGAAUAGACUUGUCAUUUCAUUAUGGCUCC